UAAGCGGUUUUCUUUGUGGCGAACUUGCCAUAUUAUAUGCAGUUGCCCUGCAGAUCGAUAGCAAAACAAACAGAACGCAAUAGAGACGAAAUAGUUUCACAUGUUUUAACCAAUCAUAUCAAUCUCCCCUUUGUGCGUCAGAGCCCGCAAUAACUGAGAAGACGAGUUUUAUCAACUUAUGGAACAACAACUGUUUGAUUAUUAAAUAUUUCCUGGCGAAUUCCAUCACGCUAUACGAUUCACGAAAGCCACUUGAAAUGUACGUUUUAGACAGAAGGCAUCCGUCCUCCUGUUUCGCUUCAUUCACAUAUCUCAACGUGUUUCUCUGUCGUUUUUUUAUAGACCUUUAUGUUCACCGAACAAUCGACAACAGCUGCAGAGGUGGGUUUUGCGCGUUGACAAGUAAUUUCCUCAUCAAAGUGUCGUUUACACUCGGUUGUGCGGUAGCCUGUUAUACCAGCGCACUUUACUUAAUGCGGUCAAGCAACCCGAGCGUCCCUCUCAUCCGUAAAAACAGCCGUGAAUACCGAGUUGCUUAACCUAGUUAGCGUCAGUGCGCAGUACGUACAAAGAAGAAGAAAGCGUGAUAAAUGGUCUUGUUAAAGAGUAGGACGUAUUGUGGGUUCGUGUUGAUACAUUAAUACCUCAUUUCGCCGCCAUUAGAUCCGCACAUCAUUUCUAAAACGUUUCUACUUUCUGUGAAUUCAUUUAAAUGAUGAACUUUAACUUGGCAAAUGCGUAAUAAGUUGGGUAAUUUAAAGCUCUUUGAAAAUGAUGCAUAACUUUAUUUUUAUCAAAGUUUUUCAAAUAGAAUAAAUAUAAAGAAAAGGCUUUUUAUGGCUGGUAUAUGCCAGCAGUGAAAUGGGAGAAAGCCGCGCGAGAUCCUUUUUUUUGUUUAUGGCGUAAAUCUAAAUGGAGAAAACAAGACUGGUCUGACAAGAAGGAAUUGACAGGAGGAAGAUUUAAAGUUUCCAAGCUGACUUAAUAGGAUCCCCGAAUAAAAAGAGAAAAGAUAUAAUUACGCACAUACACUUGAAGAUAUUGUGAUUAUGCAAAUGUACAAGAGUAUAUGCUUGCUAAUUAAUAACCAGCGAUUUAAGCCAGAUAACCGCCAGCGCCCGCCAGUGUCUACCAAAUCUAAAAAAAAAAAAAAAAAAAUUUGAUUGACGUAGUCUGAAAGCACAUUAGACUCUAUUUGAGAAAAAAAUUCAAAUAAAGUAGAGCGCAACUUUCACGUGGGUCAGUGAUCCCGAGGCCUGGAGCUCUGACGAAAUCCCUCCCGAGUUGGUAUAUUAUUCCAGUUCAAUCGGAUCAUAGCUGGCAUUUGACAUUUCAUUUUAAUAAAGAAACGGCUAAUAAUCGAGCACAUUUGUUUAAAAAAUAAACAAACAUUUGGCUAGAAAAUCGGCACUGGGUCGAUAAUACUUCAAAGUAGAACAAGAGCUCAUUGGCAUGAACGUCAUUACUGAUGCCACGAUAAAUUUUCGGGCGGAUCAGAAAGCCUAAAUCCAGAUAGACCCCAAAGACUAUUAUGUGUGUAUACGUGAUACUGAUGGAUUGAUGGCGAUGUUAACACUUGGAGGAAGCAUAUAUAAAUAAUAAUCAAAAAUCUGUUUCGCCAUGAAAGGGCUACAUGUAUCCCGUGUGUGGAGGGUUUGAAUCCGCAAAAAAAAAAAAACAUAUAGACCAAAGUUUGAAUAGGGCGAAUCAACAAAAGGCACUGGCGUAAUCUUGAUGGUCGUUUCCUUCUCAUUUUCACGCACUCACUCGUCGUCGGUUUGAUGAUGAAUAAACAGACUCUGGUGCUCGACUGUCGCACAUAUCAAAAGAAGAGGGGGGGAAAGCGCAAAACAAGCUUUUGUUGAGCCUUAUCAAAGUCGGUACCACUCUCUUCUGCUUCCUCUUCUUCUUCAACCAGCAGCAGUAGCAGCAGCAUAGAUUUUCCAUUUUCUCCCGUUUCCUUCCUUCUUCUUUAGUUUGUUUUUCUUUGCCUUUCUCUCCCCCUUUCUUGGGUGAACAAGCUUCUCUUCCCUCCAUCCCUUUGUCGUUCUUCCUCACCCGAGAGAUUCGGGAACCGAUCGAAGAUCCUUCCCCCUCCCCCUCCCUACUGCUCCUUAUAUAUACGCCGCUGAGCCAAUCAAUCCCGCUCAUGUUAUAGCCUAGCCGCCCCUUCUGCUAACGGCAGCAGAAGAAGAUGGAGAGAGACGAAAGGAGGUGGAUGGAGGGGGGGAAAUGUAUAGAGACAUGGAUAAACGUAAGGAGCCGUUCUCCUUAUACACACAAGGAGCCGAAGAAGAAGAAAAAAACAAACAAUCAGCAACUCGUCUGCUGCUGCUCCUGAGCUCCUCGAAACUCUAUCGGACCGGCUGCACAGCAUCCGUCUGCUGCGCAUGUCCGUGCUGUCGGGAGUCCCGCAAAAGCAGCCAGUCCUGGCAAGCCGGAAUAGGAGCUGACGUGGGGGGGGGGGGGGGGGGGGGGGGGGGGAGAUCUCGAGAGCGCACGGACCGCUCAAUAUCGGUUACACGGGCCGGAAGUCGGACGAGAGCCUCAUCGCGCAGUGUAGGGUUUGCUCUAGCCACAAGCGGCCGCAUCAUGUUCUUGACGUCAGUUUCACUUUGAUUUGACUCAACCCCCGUCACACACGUCGCACCAUCUCCCACCCCUCUCUUUGGGUCUCCCAGCUGCCCAUCUCUUUUCGAGUCACUCUCUCUCUCUCUUUCUCUCUGUAAUUCUCGCAUUCCUUUUUAAAUUGUCCCGAACCAAUUUCAUUCCAUCGGAGAGCACAUAUACGCGUUACACAGCAACGACAAAUCGGAAGAUUGUGCAAUUCUUAAGAGUUGGUGCUGGUCUGUUGGCCGGCCAGUGGUGCUGCUGGACCGUUUUGGCUUUGUGUGUGUGUGCGUGUAUGUGCUCUCCAUUGCAAUUGCAUUUGGAAUAGUCGAUCCUAGAAAAGAAGGAAAAAAAGGGGGGGAAAGAUUGCGUUGCAUCGAUCCAUCCAUCCAGGGCGAGCAUCAGCACCGAGCGGGAGAGAAAGAAAGAGAGAGAGAGAGGAGAAACGUAUAGAGAGACGUAGCGGGAGUGGGUGGGAGGGGGAACGUGAAAGCGGGCGGGAAGAAGAAGAAGACGACGGGGGGAAGGAAAAAUGGCCUCGCAAUUCUUCAGCCGGUUAAAUAUGGCCGUUCCGCCCAUCGGAGCGUCUUUAGGAGCCGCCUGGACAUCAGUGCGAUCGGCUCUGCCGGAUUCUUGCCUCAACAGCCAGCCGGAUGAGCAGCUCCACUUUGCCAAAUUCGGGCGGAAGCCCAACGACACGGAGCUGUCGACUCUGCAGAACAACGGAGCGGAGGGCAAUUUCCAGCGGGUCGACUCGAUCGGCGGCGACGACGAGAGCUGCGGCGGAGGCGAAUUUGGCAGCUCCAGGCACAAGAUCUCAGAGUGGCAGGCCGGAUGGAACGUGACCAACGCCAUCCAGGGCAUGUUCGUCGUCUCGCUGCCGUACGCCGUCCUGCACGGCGGCUACUGGGCCAUCACGGCCAUGAUCGGCGUGGCCUACAUCUGCUGCUACACGGGCAAGAUCCUGGUCGACUGCCUCUACGUCACCAACGAGGAGGGCCAGCUGGUGCGGGUGCGCGACACUUACGUCUCCAUCGCCGAGGAAUGCUUCGGCCGGCGGGUGGGCGCCAGGAUCGUCAACACGGCCCAGAUGAUCGAGCUGCUCAUGACCUGCAUCCUCUACGUGGUCCUGUGCGGCGAUCUGAUGGUGGGCACCUUCCCGGACGGCGCCAUCGACACCCGAUCCUGGAUGAUGAUCUGCGGGAUCCUCCUGCUACCGUGCUCCUUCCUCAAGAAUCUGCACCACGUCUCGACGCUCAGCUUCUGGUGCACGAUGGCUCACGUGGUCAUCAACGUCAUGAUCAUGGGCUACUGCCUCCUGCAGGCCGCCACCUGGGGAUGGUCCGAAGUCUCCCUGCGCAUCAACAUCGUCACGUUCCCCAUUUCCCUGGGCAUCAUCGUCUUCAGCUACACGUCGCAAAUCUUCCUGCCGGCUCUCGAGGGCAACAUGAGAGACCCGUCAAAGUUCCACUGCAUGCUCAACUGGAGUCACAUAGCCGCCGCCGUCUUCAAAUCGCUCUUCGGCUACGUCGGAUUUCUCACCUGGCAGGCAGACACCAAGGAGGUCAUCACCAACAAUUUGCCCACGCAAGGCUUCAAGGGCGUCGUCAACUUCAUUUUUGUCGCCAAGGCGUUGCUGUCGUACCCUCUGCCUUAUUACGCCGCACUGGAUCUGCUAGAGAGAGCCUUCUUCAAAGGACGUCCAGAAACGACUUUCCCUCGCAUGUGGUCGCUCGACGGCGAGCUGAAAGUCUGGGGCUUGGCCCUGCGCGUCGCCCUGGUCGUCUUCACGGUCGUCAUGGCCAUUUCCAUCCCGCACUUCGCCAUCCUGAUGGGCUUCAUCGGCAGCUUCACGGGCACCAUGCUCUCCUUCAUCUGGCCGUGCUAUUUCCACCUCAAAUUGAAGGGACCCACUUUGGAUUGGGGCACCGUCGCCUACGAUUGCUUCGUCAUCUUCCUGGGCGUCCUCUUCGGCGUCAUUGGCAUCUACUACUCGUUCCGGGCCCUGGUCGAGAAAUUCCAAAUCGGCUUGCCCUUUUAAAAGGGAAAAAACAACAACAGAGAGCUCUGAGUUGUGUUCACUCCAUUGUCUUCCAAGCUAAACAAACAAACAAACAAUUAAUGAACAUGUGAACCCAAGUCUUCCAAGAAAUAAUGUGUUUUAGACAUAGAGUUAUACCUUUUAGUCAUGAAUAGUUGAAUAGGUUUCACUUCCAUCGAUAAGAGAGAGAAAAAAAAAACGUGUGUGUCGCUUUGAUGUUUUAUUUUGCAAACUGAAAAAAGGAUAUAUCGUAACCAAGUCUUCCAAACUCAAGAGUUACCUUCAAUUAAAUACUAGGGAAUUCAGUUCAUUUCAUUUUGUUUCUCCUGUAAUGAAAAAAGCUAAAAUCGACAAAAACAUUUUACUUCAUUGACAAAUGUUGGCGGGCCACACGGCUAAAUGUUGAACCCCAUUCCUUUGAUUGUUUAAACCUUUUUUAAAUCCUCGUAUUUGUUAUUAUUCAGGCCGAUAUCUUUUCUAAUGCGGUCGUCAUAUCAGUUCCAACUACAAAAAUAAAAUAAAAUAAAAAUAAUUUGUGUGAUAAGGUCGGCGAGAUAUGUCCCCAUUCCGCUUCACGUGUUCUGCCCCCGUUGACAGAAAGAGUGCGUUCGAAUAGUUGAUGAUUUCGGCAUUUCAAAUUAAAAAUUCCAUUAGCAUUUUGUACUGAAAAAGAAAAAUAAUAAUGUUUUUUUGAAUGAGAUAAGAAUCCAACGUCUUCCAGACAAACUGUCGCGAUCUCUCUUUCUAUCUCUCUCCGUUUUCUCUGUAUAAUCUUCUUCUUUUAGUCGUCGGCCAUCACAGUUAACUAAUCAAGUCUAACCGGUUGUAAGAAAACUGUCGACAAAGAUUUCAAACUCACAGCAUAUCAAAUCGCUAUGAGGCGAUGAGCUCUAACUUUCCAAAUGUCUUCCAAUUUGUGCGCUUUGAGAUGUUUUGUUCCUGCCCCUUUUUACUUCUAUAUUAUCCUCCUAAUACCAUAUCAAUCGGAUGUCUUCCAGACUUGUACAACCUAUCGAGUAAUAUGGAAUCGCUAACAAGUUGUGUAGUUGUUUGUCAUCAACGUCAAAAUAUACACGUUAGUUUGAAUGUA